AUGGGUGGUAGGAUUCUGAAUGCUGCCGAAGUGGCCAAGCAUAACACUAGAGACAGCUGCUGGGUUGUGCUCUACGGAAAAGUCUACGAUGUUACGGACUUCCUCCCAAGUCAUCCCGGUGGCGCCAACAUCAUCCUCCAGCUCGCCGGCAAAGAUGCAACAGAGGAAUUUGACCCCGUCCACCCCUCCGGCACGCUGGAAGACAAUCUGAAACCAGAAGCGUGCCUGGGUCCUAUCGACCCAAAGACAUUACUGCCCAAGGCGGCCUCUUACAGCGCGGAAUCCAAUCACCAAACGGGUGCAGAGCAGGCAUUCAAUGAGACGCCUCCCAUGUCCUCGCUCCUAAAUAUCGACGAUAUUGAAGCAGCAGCCACGCAAAAGCUUAGCAAGAAGGCAUGGGGAUACUACUACUCCGCCGCAGACGAUCUCAUGUCCAAAUCACUAAAUAACACCAUAUACCGCUCCAUCCUCCUGCGACCCCGCGUCUUCAUCGACUGCACCAACUGCGAUCUCUCCACCAGCGUCCUAGGCUACAAACUCGGAUUACCAAUCUACGUCUCCCCAGCCGCCAUGGCCCGCCUCGCACAUCCCGCAGGCGAAGCCGGUAUUGCAGCAGCCUGCUCCAAAUUCAAGGCCAUGCAACUAAUCUCCAACAACGCCUCCAUGACCCCUAAAGAAAUCGUCGCCGACGCAGCACCAGACCAAGUCUUCGGCUGGCAAUUGUAUGUUCAAACAGACCGGAAAAAGAGCGAAGCAAUGCUCGCCCGCAUCAACAAGCUCAAAUCUAUUAAGUUCGUCUGUCUAACACUUGACGCCCCCGUGCCUGGAAAGCGCGAGCAUGACGAGCGCACGCAGACAGUCACCCAGGCAUCGUCAGUAACGGAUAUCGUCAAGGCGUCCGGUGGCACACCGCUCCCAAGCGCCAGCGGGAUCGGCCAGCAGCUCUUCGCCGGCACGGACCCGUCAUUGACCUGGUCGAAAACACUCCCCUGGCUCGCGCGCCAUACGGAUCUACCCAUCGUGCUGAAAGGGGUGCAGACGCAUGAGGAUGCGUAUAUAGCCUCACUGCACGGACCGCAGGUCAAGGCGAUUAUAUUGUCGAAUCACGGGGGAAGGGCGAUGGAUACGGCGCCCCCUGCUGUGCAUACGCUGAUGGAGAUUCGGAAAUAUUGUCCCGAGGUUUUUGACAGGGUAGAAGUGUGGGUUGAUGGGGGAAUUAAGAGGGGGACGGAUGUGGUGAAGGCGUUGUGUCUUGGGGCUAGGUGUGUGGGUGUUGGUAGGGCGCCGUUGUUUGGGCUUGGGGCUGGUGGGGUGGAAGGGGUCGAGAGGGUGUUGGAGAUUCUCUCCUCCGAAACCAAAACGGCCAUGCAUCUCUUGGGCGUUGGAAGGGUUGAGGAUCUAGGAAUGCAACAUAUCAACGCCCGUGCAGUAGAACAACAGAUAUACGAUGGUCCCGCGGGACUACAUGUCUUAGGUCACUUUGUUGAAACAACAAAACCAGGGGAGGAUAUCUGCGUUUAA